AUUGUUCCAAUCUUAGCCGCCCCAAGACACGGCGACAGCUGCCGAAAACACUGUUUCUUAACCACGGUUGCGUAACUAACUAACCCUAGCGCACUGCGCACCCCGCUCAUAUUACCCUUCUCCCACCCAACCCAAGAUUACUUAGCCAUCUCCGCCUAUAUAUAUCGCCGUUUCCCACUCUCUCUUCUCAUUAGCUCUCCUAUUUUCCUUCUUCCUUAUCGUUUCAGUUCUUUAAUUCCUCCUUUAAUCGUAGAAAUGGCUGCCGCCGAUGUUGAAUUCAGAUGUUUCGUUGGUGGUUUGGCUUGGGCCACCACCGAGCACUCGCUCGAGCAAGCUUUCUCUCAGUACGGCCAAGUCGUCGAUUCGAAGAUCAUCAACGAUCGGGAGACCGGAAGGUCGAGGGGAUUCGGAUUCGUGACGUUUAGAGAUGAGCAAUCGAUGAGGGAUGCGAUCGAUGCGAUGAACGGUCAGGAUCUGGACGGCCGUAGUAUAACCGUCAACGAGGCUCAGUCUCGCGGUGGAGGCGGCGGCGGAGGUGGCGGUGGAUUCCGCGGACCUCGCCGUGAAGGUAGCGGUGGUUACGGAGGAGGUAACGGUGGUGGUUAUGGAGGAGGCAACGGUGGCGGUUAUGGUCGUCGCGAGGGCGGAAACGGUGGCGGUUAUGGUCGCCGUGAGGGCGGCAGCGGUGGAUAUGGUGGCCGCAGCGGCGGAUAUGGUGGUGGUGGCGACCGCUCUUACUCCAGGAGUGGUGGAUCUGAUGGAAACUGGAGGGAAUAGUUAUUAGGUGUUGUGUAGUUGGUUUCCUUUAGUAAUUGCGUUUCGAUUUGGUUACUUGUCAUGGUGUUGCGCUAUAAGUGAUUUUGUCCUUGGGUCUUUGGUUACUUGAUUUCUGUCAAUUGUGUCGAAUUGAAGUUCUCGUUGUUCGGUUGAAUGAAGUGAAGUGAUAGUUCUUACUGAA